UCACAUAUGUCAAUACAAUUGAAAGACAAACAAUGUUGGCAAAACCUAGUACUCCUCCUCCUCCUCCUCCUCCUCCUCCUCCUCCUCCUCUUCUUGCUCUCCAUUGGCGUGCUCCUCCACCUCUCCCCUUUCAUGGCGCCGGCCGCCGUCUCCGGCCAAGCCGUAAUCCCGGCAUGCUGCCCUCUGGGGUGCGCAGGCCCACGAGAAGGUGUCGUGGCAUUACCAUAAGCUGCACCGGCGUGAAGAUUAAGGAAGUAGUGACCUUGUCUACGGGAGACGGCCACGGCGGCUCCCUCACCGUGAAGGCGGUGGUGACGGUGCAAUCGACGGCCGCCGGGGUGCUCGGCAGCCUCCUUGGGUUCUCCAAACUCACCGACGGCGUCAAGGACUUGCUUGGCAAAUCUCUCCUGCUUGAGCUCGUCAGCGCACAGCUCGAUCCCAAAACGGGAUUGGAGAAGGAGACUCUUCCAGCCUAUGCUCGCAGAGCGAGCAAAGAGGGCAACUUGAUCACGUAUGAAGCCACCUUUGAAGUUGGCGAGGAUUUUGGCAUCAUUGGAGGUGUGUUUGUGACGAAUGAUCAAAGCAAGGAGAUGUUCGUCAAGGACAUCAAGCUUGUGACCAGCAAUCCUGAUGCAACUUUGCCCACUUUUACAUGCAACUCAUGGGUGGCCUCAAAGUCCGACAACCCUGAAAAAAGAUUAUUCUUCAUCAACAAGUCUUACUUGCCAGCCCAAACCCCAAAUGGCCUUGUGCGAUUGAGGGCAAAGGAGCUCGCGAUUUUGAGAGGAAAUGGUCAGGGAGAGCGCAAGAGCUUUGAAAGGAUCUAUGACUACGAUGUCUAUAAUGAUCUUGGCGAACCAGAUGAUGAUGUUGACAAAACCAGACCAGUUCUUGGAGGGAGCAAAGAGUAUCCAUACCCAAGGCGUUGCAGAACAGGGCGUCCAAAGUCUAAAAAAGAUCCCAAAUCUGAAACAAGGAGUGGCUCCUUCUACGUACCUAGAGAUGAAGCCUUUUCCGAGGUGAAGUCGGCUAAUUUCUCAGUGAAGACAUUUCGGUCAGUGCUUCGUGCAGUUGUUCCCUCAAUCCAGAGUGCAAUUAUUGACGUCCAUCUAGGAUUCCCAUACUUCACCGCCAUUGAUUCACUCUUCAGUGAAGGGUUGAAUCUGCCAAAGCUCGAAGGGACGGGCUUAUUGCGGGGUGUGCUUCCUCGCUUGGUGAGGACUGUCACUGACGGAAAACAAGAAGUCCUGCUAUUUGAAACGCCAGAAAUGAUUGACAGGGACAAGUUCUCAUGGCUCAGAGAUGAAGAAUUUGCUCGCCAAUGCUUGGCUGGAAUAAAUCCCUACGCCAUUGCGCUGCUCGAGACAUUCCCUAUAGUGAGCAAACUGGAUCCGAAGUUCUAUGGCCCAGCAGACUCGGCAAUCACAGAAGAAAUACUUGAGAAAGAGAUCAAAGGUGUCAUGACUGUGCAAGAGGCGCUGGAGAACAAGCGGCUGUUCAUUCUGGACUAUCAUGAUCUAUUCUUGCCAUACGUGCACAAAGUGAGAGAGUUGAAGGACACCACCUUGUAUGGCUCUCGUACCAUCUUCUUCCUCACCGAUGAAGGCAGACUGCGGCCUCUCGUAAUUGAACUCACCAGACCAGCCUCCGCUACCAAGCCCCAGUGGAAGCAGGUCUUCAGGCCUUCUUCGGAUGCAACUGAAAAUUGGUUGUGGAAGCAUGCUAAGUCCCAUGUCCGUGCUCACGAUUCGUGCCACCAUGAGCUCAUCAGCCACUGGCUAAGAACACAUUGCUGUGUGGAGCCCUACUCAAUUGCAGCGCAUCGGCAGCUCAGCGAGAUACACCCCAUCUAUCGCCUGCUGCACCCGCAUUUCCGUUACACCAUGGAAAUCAAUGCACUCGCAAGGCAGGCCCUCAUCAAUGCCGGUGGAAUCAUUGAGAUAGCUUUCUCUCCGCUCAAGUACUCCAUAGAGAUCAGCUCCGUGGCCUACGAUCAGAACUGGCGUUUCGACAUGGAAGCUCUCCCAGCCGACUUAAUACGAAGGGGAAUGGCAGUGGAGGACGCCACGGCCGAGCACGGCCUAAGAUUGACCAUCGAGGACUACCCUUUCGCAAAGGACGGCCUCCUAAUCUGGUCGGCGAUCGAGGAAUGGGUGCGGGACUACGUCUCGCAUUACUACCCGACCGCGAGCGAGGUGACGGGCGACGUCGAGCUCCAGGCCUGGUGGCACGAGGUGCGGACCAAGGGGCACGGCGACAAGCAGGACGAGCCGUGGUGGCCCAAGCUGGAAAGUCCAGAGGCCCUGUCACAGACUCUGACCACCAUUAUCUGGGUGGCGUCGGCGCACCACGCGGCGGUCAACUUCGGGCAGUACCACUUCGGCGGCUACUUCCCCAACCGUCCAUCGAUCGCGCGGACCAAGAUGCCGACGGAAGACAACGACGAGAAGAGCUUCGAGAGGUUCCUGAAGAGGCCGGAGGCGUCGCUGCUGCGGUGCCUGCCGAGCCAGAUCCAGGCGACGGUGGUGAUGGCGGUGCUGGACGUGCUGUCGAACCACUCGGAGGACGAGGAGUAUCUCGGCGGGGCGCCGGAGGCGGCGUGGGCGGAGGAGCCAGCGAUCAAGUCGGCGUUCGAGAGCUUCAGCGUGAGAUUGAAGGAGAUCGAGGGGCUGAUCGACGCGAGGAACUCCGAUCCGGAGCUCAAGAAUAGAUUUGGAGCCGGACUCGUGCCGUACGAGCUCAUGAAACCCUUCUCGGCGCCCGGCGUCACAGGAAAAGGAAUCCCUAAUAGCGUUUCUAUUUAAAUAUAUUUUAAAUUUAAAAUCAUUAAUUAAUUAAAUAAAUAAUUUGUUUACUUCCAAUAAAAGACUUCCAUGGAGUGAAAUUUGAUUA